AUGAGCAGCACCCCAGCCAUGGCACCUCUGUCUCCAGGGCUGAGAAUGUUUUCCCCCACGCUUGCUAAGAGCUCCCUCCAUCAGGCAAAACAGGCCUCGAGUUCCUUGAAUUCUCCCACCACAUCCAUUAUGAGCUCUCCAAAACUCUGGCAGAAAGCAUCCAUCUCCAGACUUGCAGAGGAGUUUUUCUGGAUUGGUGGCAGUGUGGUCGCACAGCCAAAAUGGAGACUGGGUCAGAUAGUGGAGAGGUGUAUGUGUACCAUGCAGGCCGGCAGUCAGAUGACCAAACUGAAGGGGAAGAAGAAAGGACUAGUCCGUUUUUUUUACCUGGAUGAGCACAAGUCCUGCAUUCGGUGGCGGCCCUCUAGGAAACAUGACAAGGCCAAAAUAACUAUUGAUUCCAUCCAUGAAGUCUGUGAGGGGAAAAGGUCAGAGAUCUUCAGGCGAUAUGCAGACAACCGCUUCGACCCAAACUGCUGCUUCAGUAUUUACUAUGGGGAGCGUGUGAAGUCCCUGGACCUGGUCUCCACCAAUGCAGAGGAGGCCCGCACCUGGAUCACUGGGCUGAAAUACCUCAUGGCUGGGAUCAGUGAUGAGGACAGUUUGGCCCGGAGGCAGCGCACCCGUGAUCAAUGGUUACAGCAGACGUUCUCUGAGGCAGACAAAAAUGGAGAUGGCACACUGAGCAUUGGAGAGGUUCACCAAUUGCUCCACAAACUCAAUGUGAAUUUACCCAAGCAGAAAGUCAGGCAGAUGUUUCAAGAUGCAGACACAGAUGAAAACCAGGGUUCUCUUGGCUUUGAGGAAUUUUGUUCUUUCUACAAGAUGAUUUCCACACGCAGAGACCUAUACCUGAUAAUGAUCUCCUACAGCAAUCAAAAGGAAGUCAUGGAUCUUCAUGACCUUGCACGCUUUCUGGAAAAUGAACAGAAGAUGCGAGGUCUGGCCAGAGAACAUCUAGUUGAUAUAGUGGCUAAGUUUGAGCCUUGUCCUGACAACCUGCAGCGUAUGGUAUUGGGUAUCGACGGAUUUACCAACUUCAUGAGAAGUCCUGCAGGUGAUAUCUUCAACCCUGAGCACAAUCAGGUGAACCAGGACAUGACACAGCCCCUGAAUAACUACUUCAUUGCCACCUCACACAACACCUACCUGACAGGAGACCAGCUGCUCUCUCAGUCUAGGGUGGAAAUGUACGCCUAUGUUCUCCAGGCAGGCUGUCGCUGUGUUGAGGUGGACUGCUGGGAUGGGCCUGACGGGGAGCCCAUAAUUCAUCACGGCUACACCUUGACAUCUAAAAUUCUGUUCAAAGAUGUCAUUGAAACAAUUAACAAAUAUGCCUUCACAAAAUCACAGUACCCAGUGAUCUUGUCCAUAGAGAACCACUGCACUGUGCCUCAGCAAAAGAAGAUGGCUGAGUAUCUGAGAGAGGUGCUGCAGGACAAACUGGAUCUGUCCAGUGUCAGCAUACAUGAAUGCAAGAAGCUGCCUUCCCCUGAGAUCCUCAAAGGAAAAGUUUUAGUCAAGGGAAAAAAACUGCCAGCAAACCUUGAUCCUGAUGCAGAGGAAGGUGAUGUGUCUGAUGAAGACACUGGUGAUGAGGAAGAGGAGGAAGAUGAUGAUGAUGACAAUGCACAGAGGAAAAAGAGAAUCAGAGUGAAAAAUAAGGCGGCUUCUGAUGGCGAGUCAGACCACAGCAGCAGCAGGGAGAGGACACAAAUUGUUUACCAUCCCAAGAAAAGGAAAACAAUGAGGUUGUCCCGAGCUCUGUCUGACUUGGUCAAGUACACAAAGUCUGUUCGUGUGCAUGACAUAGAAACACAAGCAUUUACAAACAAUUGGCAGGUAUCAUCCCUCAACGAGACUGUGGUGAACCAGAUCUUACAGCUGAAGCCGGGUGAGUUGGUCCGUUUCAACCAACGGCAACUUCUAAGGGUUUACCCAUCUAACUACAGAGUGGACUCAAGCAACUUCAACCCACAGCCAUACUGGAAUGCAGGGUGUCAUAUGGUUGCAAUGAAUUAUCAAACAGAGGGGCGUAUGCUUGAACUGAACCAAGCCAAGUUCUCAACCAACGGAAACUGUGGAUAUAUUCUGAAGCCUAAGUGCAUGCGUAAAGGUGCCUUUAACCCCAUGUUGGAGGAUCCUUUACCAGGACACAGAAAGACCCAGCUAGUGCUGAAGAUCAUCAGUGGACAGCAGCUUCCCAAACCCAAAGACUCCAUGUUUGGGGACAGAGGAGAGAUUAUUGAUCCCUUUGUUGAAGUUGAGAUAAUUGGUCUACCUGUUGAUUGUUCCAAGCAGCAAACCAGGGUGGUGGAUGAUAACGGUUUUAACCCAAUGUGGGAGGAGACCCUUGUUUUCAACAUUCAAAUGCCACAGAUUGCCCUGGUGUGCUUUCAGGUGUGGGAUCAUGAUCCUAUUGGACGAGAUUUCAUUGGACAGAGGACUGUUGCUUUCAACAGUAUGAUGCCAGGUUAUCGGCAUGUGUACCUGGAGGGAAUGGCGGAGUCAUCCAUCUUUGUACAUGUUGCCAUCAAUGAUAUAACAGGAAAGAUCAAACCUACAAAUGCGGUGCAAGCAGCCAGAAAACACAUCCAAAAAGCAGCCCAGAAGCAUAUGAAGGGUCAUCAAAGACAGCCUUCUCUAGACUUCUCUGUUCUAUCCUCAGAAGAUGGACGUGCUCUGUACUUCCGCAAGGAUCUGGAUGCCAUCUCUCAGGACAGCAGGAAUGGGGAAAUUUAUCCUCUGGUACAAGGGCCCGCAGCCAAAGCUGCCAUCCACAAAGGGGCCAUGAGUGAGCCAGUGAGGCGAGCUCACAGAGUUAAAAUUCAUGAACCACCAGAAACAAGGAGAGGGAUCUUCAGCCGGAUGUCCUCCACUGACUCCCACCACACAGAGGCUGCUCCCUAUGCGAGACCAGAUAGCUUUGACCUUGAGACCUCUCCCCAGGCUUCUUGUCUUGAAGUUCCUUACAGACAAAAUUCAAUUCAAGAAGAGUUGGAGAAUGAGCCUGAUGAAUCACCAGAGUCAAUCCAUGCUGAGCAAGAAACAGUUCAGACAUGUGAACCAGAGCAGCCUGAACAACGUGAGGAAUUAUCAGAAGAAACAAAGCUAGACAAGGACAUUGCUACUGAUCCUGAGGAACCACCAGAAACUCAGAUUCAGACCAAUUCACUUCCUCAUCCUCAGCUUGCGCCACAUCCUCUGCUCCAACCUGACGCCAAAUCCUCUCCACUUAUCCCUCCAUCAUCCCCUGCCAGGGUGAGACGGACCCUAGAGGCUCCAGCUUACCCCCGACCGUCCACACCAAUGCGAACAAAAGCCCGCUCACGCAGUUGCCCUAGAAAACAGACUACUUCUCCUCAGACCCCGAUGAUGAACCACAAGCCUGUUUUCCAUUGGCAGACACAGCAAGCACAAAACUGCAGCAGCUACAGCAACCAGGUGAAGCCCAUACCCAACGGCCUCUGCCUGUCUGACAGCACAUCCAGCGGCAGUGACAUCAGCACUGACAGCUUGGAGUUUGUGCCCUACUGUGCGCCAGCCGGGACAGAGCAAUGUGAGGGCACCCUGCAGAGAGAGAUGAAGGCCCUUUUUGACCAGAGGAUGAGAGAAAUACGCUGCAAAUCUCCGCUUUUUCUGAAUGAUUAG